UCAUUUUAUACCCUUUGAUAACGUACGAAUUACCUACCAUCGUAAGAAGUUAUUCUACUCGUAAAUUGGUAUGUUUUAUGCGAAUCGUAAAUUUCGAAGCUACGGUUGGUUUUUUAUUUAAGUAGGUACCUACCUGAAAGAGUUUAUUCAAGUACUAUGCCGAACUAUACUGGACGCGUGAAAUCAUGAACAUAAAAAUACAAAUAUUUCACAUUUUGUUCGCCGUUUGGUUAGCUCGAGUACAAAAUGGAAGCAGUGAGCAGACGAUGGCAAAAAGCUCUGAGGAGCUACUAGCUUACAUUGAUUUACAUAAUUCAUCUGUGGUGCGCGCUGUUCCCCCCUAUGAAGAUUUUAAGAAAAUUUUUAAAAGCAGACGCGAUUUCGAGAAAAAGUACUGCGAUGUGGUGAAUGAUAUGGCCAACUUGCAUAACGAAAUUGAUGACAUGAGCGAAGAGAACCAUUAUUUAAGAGAAGUCACGCCUCAUUCUGAUUUUCUCUGUGCAUUGGAUUUUAUGACGCAUGAUUUGACGGAUAUUAUCAAAAACGUAGCUGGUGUUGAUUAUGUAGACCAUUACAUGCCUUUAAAAGAAUGGCCAUUUCGUAUCCAAGAAAUACGGAGGAUCUAUGAUAAAUUCGAAUCAAACCGGAUGUAUCAAAAUAUGAGGGGUAAAGGUGAAGACCCUAGAAAGGCGGAUCAUGUAGCCUACAGCAAGUGGUGUGAAUUUGUAACAACUGAUCGCCAUGAUCUAGGAUUCACAAAUAAUGCGAUAGGAGUCACUGAGUAUGAUAAAUGGAAUAAAGUUAAAGACAAGUGGAGGUCUGUAGCUGGUCACCUGCACGGAAAUCUAUCGGAAUAUUUCAAUAAUCUAGAUCCGGAUCUCAGAAAACUGAGGUAUGAUAAUGACAAGCGGAAUUUUUCAUUAACUUUUUCGGCAAUAAUUCAGCGAGGUUAUCGAUUAUCGUGUUAUUUCGAACAUGAGAAACGCGACCGGCUUGAUGCUGAGUUGAAAUCAAAAUAUCCAAAUGGAACACGGCUCUGUUUUCAAAUAGCCAUUGAACGCGUUGAAAAUCAUUGGUAUUUUCCGAUGGAACAUAUCGAUAUGUUCAAUAUUUUGAUAAAUGCUACUCACAGUGACCCUGCUAGAAAAAUUGAUCACAUGUUUGCAGCUUUAAAAAUACCUGUCGAGUAUCACGAUCACUUUAUAAUCCCGGGGAAAAGAGGAUGUGGGAAAGCGUCAUAUGUUACAAAACGUGAAAGGAAGUACUCAACAAAGUUAACUCCUCCUGUAGAAACGAUAACACCUUCAAGGCUAAAUCUCAAGAAACCUUAAUUUUGUAGAUACUUAAUGUAAUAGGUAUACCUAUAUCUAUGAUUUAUUGUAAGUAGGUAAGUACGUAAAUACUUUUUCUUGUUUCCAUUUCCGUUUAUUUGUAAAAAUGUUUAAAAUAAGUCCUAAAACUGAUAUAAACCCCCCAAAUCCAAAUUUCGCAAUUUCCAGCCAUUCUGGAGCCUCCAGUGCGAUUAUUCAAUUUCUUCAGAAUAUUGAAUUUGCUCCAGAAGGCGUGAAUAUGAAGUUGGGCAGCUAAAAAUCGAGUUGUAUAUUACACUCGACCUGUUUAACGAGUUUAUCCACAUUUCAGCCGAUUUUGAGAGUGACACCUCAAGAGUGGUUUUUUGACCAGCUUUUUUCAAAAUUAAGAAAUCCAAAAAAUCAAAAGUUUCCCGUUCGUGUAGAAAUUUUUGAAAUUCACGCGAAUCGCUGUAUUUUGUCCGAAACUAACCCUGCAAACCCAAAUUUCACAAUUUCCAGUCCUUAUGGAGCCUCCAGCGCGAUUUUUCAAUUUCUCCAGAAUUUUGAAUUUGCUCCAGAAGGCGUGAAUAUGCAGUUGGGCAGCUAAAAAUCGAGUUGUGUGAUAUACUCGACCUGUUUAACGAGUUUAUCCGCAUAUGAGCCGAUUUUGAAAGUGACACCCCAAAAGUGGCUUUUUGACCAGCUUUUUUCAAAAUUAAAAAAUCAAAAAAAUCAAAAGUUUCCCGUUUGUGUGAAAAUUUUUGAAAUUCACGCGAAUCGCUGUAUUUUGUCCAAAACUAACCCCCAAAUCCAAAUUUCAUAAUUUCCAGCCAUUCUGGAGCCUCCAGCGCGAUUUUUCAAUUUCUCCAGAAUUUUGAAUUUGCUCCAGAAGGCGUGAAUAUGCAGUUGGGCAGCUAAAAAUCGAGUUGUGUAUUAUACUCGACCUGUUUAACGAUUUUGGAAGUGACACUUCAAGAGUGGCUUUUUUCAAAAUUAAAAAAUCAAAAAAAUCAAAAAAAUCAAAAGUUUCCCGUUUGUGUUGAAAUUUUUGAAAUUUGCACAAAUCGCUGUAUUUCUUCAAGAACUAACCCCCGGAGCGCAAACUCUACCAUUUCCAGCCGUUUUGGAGCGAGAGUGACACCUCAAAAAACCACUCUUGAGGUGUCACGCUCCAAAUCGGCUCAAAUGUGGAUAAACUCGUUAAACAGGUCGAGUGUAAUAUACAAAUCGAUUUUUAGCUGCCCAGCUGCAUAUUCACGCCUUCUGGAGCAAAUUCAAAAUUCUGUAGGAAUUGAAAAAUCGUGCUGGAGGCUCCAGAAUGGCUGGAAAUGGUGAAAUUGGAUUUGGAUAAUUAAUAUGUGAGGGGACAUAUGCCUUGCAACUCUUAGGUGUUGCCACAUAUCAUAUAUCUGUCCGCGUCUAUGUGUAAGAUUACUCCUAAAGGAGAUGUCCCUACUUAUACCAGUGAGAGAGACUCCACCUCCGACCUAGCGAGAUGCCAGCAUCGAGCCUCGGAGAAACGGUAGCUCUCGCCACUUAUAUUGGAACCAAGGAAGCCGAAACUCCUCUCUAAUAUCAGUCCAGGUCGUGUGGGUCUUUGCCUAGGAAAGCCCAGCUCGAUAAGUGUCAAAGUGUAAUUUUGGUCAACAAGAACUUUAAUCGAUUAAUUGUCAAUACUACCUUCGGGAUAUAAAAACAAUCGUUAUAUUCGUCGCGUUUUGUAUGUUCUUUAUCUACUCAUGCUAAGUUAAAGUACUUGCCGCGUCAAUUGUAUAUAACAUCAAUGGUCGUAAGUAAAUAUCUUCUUCCAUAACUAUAUGUCAAUAUGAACUUAUUUACCUGUUAUUACUAAGAUACAAAUAGUUAACUUUACCAAUUAUUUGUGGUGUAAUUAUAAGGUGUGUAUUACAAUUACAUCGAAUACACGGAGUCUAGUCAUA